AGGUUCAGAAUUUGUGGUUUGUUGCUUUUAAUUGUUGCUUCCACCAUGGAGGUAAAUGGUGAGCGACUGGAACCUUUUAAACCGCCGUUUUCCGUCCUGGAACUGAUAAGAAACACCGUAGCACCUGAAGAGUUGCCUGUCAUUCACUCAUACUUGGGAGAAUCAACAAUUGAAUAUUGUAAGGACUUACGAAAUGAGAUGGAAACACUCUUAGAGAUAUGGAGAGACAUUGGAGACCGCACAGAAAUGCCAACUGUAUCAAAACCACUCUCUAACCCAUUGCCUGAUCCUCCCAUUAUGAGGGAAAUGCUUAAAAAGGAAAUACAAAUUCUGGUUAAAGGUGUUCAAGAUAGGCACACUGUAAGUGGAGAUCAAACACUGAAUGAAGAAAAAGAUGUUUUAAAAUAUGUUGUCCAAUCACAACACUUGCAACAGAGCUUUGAACGACCUUCCACACCCAUCAGACAUUAUACAUCCGAGACAAGUUAUACAACUUCCCCAGUGAAAUUAAAACAUGUCCGAAGUAAUAUCAAUGUGAAAGAUAUUGAUAAAGUUGCUUUAAUACUUAAAGAGGCAAUACAGAAAGAAUGUGCAGCACUGGAACAUGAUAUUGAGUUUCUUCAGAAAUGUGUUGAAGAAGAACAUGAUUUGGUUGCAAGUCCACCCGCCACUCCAAUGCAAGAACCAUCACUGAAUAAACUUCGUGAAGUCCGAAAACUUUUAGAAAAUCAAGUUUUACCAGACCCAGUGGUUAUAAAUCGACAGCAGGGCUUUGGGAACUCAUUCUCUGGUAAAAUGUCUAAUUCUGUGAUUGCAAAACUACCUACUCCCCCAUCUCCUACACGAUCAAAGUUAAAACCCCUUCCAAGUUUGCAACCUAAUAUGCAAGGCAGCCUACAGAAACAUAGAUCCGCACCAUCCAGUCCUUUGCAACAGAGACCUAGCAGCGUUAAGCCUACCAGCGCUGGUCGCUAUACAACUCCAAGAACAGUGUCUGCUAUGUCACACUCAAAGAACUAUGACUCAGAACCCAUGGAAUGUUGGGCGGAACCGUCUUGGACGGAACAAAUGUCUCAAUCGUUACCUUCUACUGCGGACAGUGGUGUAUGCUCCAGGCCCGCGACGUGCGAUCUGGUUGCAUUGCAAGACAGAAUGCGUGUUCUGAAACUAAAAAGCGGUCGCAAGUCCGCCGAACCAGAGUCAGUUCCGCAACCUACAACGUGCGACGACGGCUAUGCAACAGCGAGUUCAAUAGAUUUUAACGCGCCUAUGAAACCUAGUGUUUCAAAAAGAAAAAUCAGCAGUGUACCUGUUAAAGAUAGGUUAAGGCCAACGCCCGGUGUAUCCGCGCUAGGCGACCAGGAUAUAAAACUGUUAAAGCCACGACCACCACCAGUUAAAGUCCAAACAACCAAUCGUCGCAAUAUUAACAUUCACAGAUUUAACAAAAAAGCGAUAAUGACAACGGACGAUCGAAAAAUUGGCGCUCGUUCGUAGCUUUACCUUUUCGUGUUCUUAGUGCGCUUCUAGUGUUGAAUUUUAUUGUUUUGCAUAGUUUUUAUUGUGAGGAACAUUAAAUAUAUUUUUAUUUCGACUA